AUGACGAGAAUCGUAAACCGCGUGCGAGAGUACACCUCCCGUGGCGAUAGACAUAUUGAUAUACCUGCAAGAAUCGCCGUCGUCGGUCGUCGUGUGCCCACAAAACAGGGGGAAGGCAACCUGUGGAGGUGGUGGUGGGGCGAUAGAGAAGCUAAAAAAUUCCCCAAGAGUCUCGACGACUGCGGCUCGUGUCGGAUCGCUGCGUGGUCGCAAGACGUCGUCGUCGUUUUGCAUGUUUUGCGUCGUUAUCCAGUGGUUUCCAACCGCCACCGUCAAUAA